GCCACAGCAGUCUCCCUGGACUGUGUGUCCGCCCUGCGCUGUCCGACACUCUCGCGGCGGACCAUAGUAGCAGCUGCUACUCCAGCAGAAGUGCAGCAAUGGCACUCCUCAGGUCUCGUCCGCCACCACCACUACCAUCACCGCCGACUUCAUCACCACCACUUCCGCCCCACGCUUCUACGAGCAAUUUCGCAGCCCGUUCACCUUCCUCAACUGCGCCGCCGAGUCGCAACGUCGGCAUCGGCGACCAAAAAGCUGCCGCCCCAGCCAUACUCCGGCCCUGCUCUGAACAAGCUGCAUGAGCGCGUGCAGGCGCUUUCUACUUCAGUGCUUCGACCGGAGCCAGGCUCGGUCCCAAUCCCAGCCGAAGAGCGCGUUCUGUAUGUGCUGGAACAACUGGAGUAUGUCGCGAAGCUGAUACUGGAGGAGCGUGGCGCCGAAGGCAACCUGCGAGCAAAGGCCAAAGAGCACAAGGAAAGCGCGACGUCGGCAUUGCUGGGCAUUGUCAAUGCCACGUCCCAUCCCGCUGUCAUCAGCAAAGCAAGCAUCCUGCGUGCAGUCAGUGAGAAGGCCGAGGAGAUUAUGCGUCAUCCGGAUGUAUUCAUCACACCUAACGUCUUGAAAUCGUACGUACAGCUGCAGAGUCUGCUACACGAGCCUUCGUCGUUCCCCGACGUAUUUGACCUCUAUGCGAGAAAGCCAGCACCGAAGCUCACGGGCGAUAAGGUGACAUAUAGUGCUGCCUCUCCAGAGCAGAUCAAGUCUGCGGUGCCUUCUGAAACGGCCCAAGAAGCCCUGGCAGCUGCAAUCGAGGUACAUCAACUCCCUCUCGCAAUUGAUAUCAUCUCCACGUCGUAUUGUACGCCGGCCUUCAAGAAGGCAAAGACUUUCAAGCAGGCCGCGUUUCCUAUCGCAGGACUUGCUGUAGCCCCCCUCGGAGCUUAUACCCUGUCACAAUCGUUCUCGCAUCUGCAACAGACGAUGGAUACAGGGACGGCGACUGGCAUCGCUUUCGCGGGCAUCAUGACUUACGUUGGGGCGGUGGCCAUGACUGGGUACGUGGCAGUGACGACCUCCAACGAUCAGAUGGAUCGUGUCACGUGGGCGAGCGGCGUACCUCUUUGGGAGAGGUGGGUGCGAGAGGAAGAGCGAGCUGCUAUCGAUCAGCUCGCUGGUGCUUGGGGUUUCAAGGACAUAGAUAAGCGUGGAGAAGAAGAAGGCGAAGAAUGGGAGGCGUUACGGGAGUGGAUUGGCUCGAGGGGCAUGAUUCUUGAUCGUGUCAGCUUGAUGCCAGGUAUGGAGUAGCCCCGUCUUACCUUGCUACUUUGUGUGCAUGCAGAAAGGAGCAUGCAUGCCCAAGCUAAGUCGGUCUCUGAAUUGAAUGAGCAGAAGACAUUAUGCUACAUCGAAGUAUUGCACACAGGCACGGCAAUUCACGACACGAACCGAUGACAACUGCGGGAUGAAAUGUUCUCACAGUCCGAAGAUCUACAAACGCAGAAAGCUUGAACUGCGGUCAGGAUCAUGAGCGUGUCCUUCAUACUGCAUGCAUCAACACAAGUGCAGUGAGAAUCGUCACGCCAUAAUGUACCAUCUUUCUGCGGGCGGCGUCGAACCAGACCGUAAUGCUUACAAGUUGCGGUUGUGGGUAAGCCGUUGAAAAGUGAAAGAAUGAAAGAUACCCACUGAGCGACGCAUCUCGGGCGAGGUCCCGUUCAACGCAUAUGCAAUAUAUGUCUGCCCCUCAACAUCGACGCGCAGUCCCAUGAAGAGCUUCCGAGAUGGGUACAGGAUAUCACAUCUCUGGCUUAUAUGUUGCUCGCUCUUCUGCAGAGGAGGAUGCGAAGAGAUCCACCAAAGUGCAUAAGCCCGCUUUCCCAAGCGUUGCGAGAAGGUUCUGAGUCGCUGUGGCGCUCCAUAAUGUCGGCUGAGCGACGGAGGUGUAGAAAAAUCACGUUUUGUAAGGGCCACUGAAGAUGCUGAAGCAAAUUGCCACUCUACGCGGUACGCGAAUGACACACGAGACGCCAUCUCUUGCUCGCGCCGCGUCUAGCUCAUUAAAGUAUAAGCGUCGAUCUUUUCCGUCUGCCGCGACGCACGAUUUCUCCAGCACUGGUCAGAUCUCUUCCCGGCCGCUCUACCCGCCCUACACUUCUCCAUUCUCGGCUCUUCAUGAUGCAACGAUCGCUCCAAGAUGCAGAGAUGCAAGCGUUCCUGACUAGACAACCCGUAGCCGUAGUGACGGUGCGGCGCAACAUUGAAAAGUGAUAAUAGAUCGCGCGUGGCCGAAGCCCCCCAAUGUUCAUUCAGUUAAUUGUAUUUGGUUGCAAUGGUUCCACUACCGAAGCACUGGGUGCUGAACUACUCCUACGAUAACGAUGGCGGUUGUGCUCUUACUGCCCUGGUCAACGGAGAGCGUUUGCAUGUGACUGUUGAUGUGAAGGAACUCCAGGAUCGAUCCAAGGCUGGGAAACAGAUUAGACGAGAGUAUCAGAAUUUGCUGUAUCAAGUCCAAGCAGAGGCCUCUGGCGAAGUGGCCACACAUCAGACUGCUCCCCUCUUCGUGCAAGAGGAUGAAGCAGACUCUUCGGACGACGAGGACAGCGGGGUCGAUGUCAGAAGUCCGUCACAUCGUAGCAAUGCCACUGAUGCUGGUGAUCAACACGACGCUGGCCCAUCCCAGGCACUACAACGUUGGAUUCUGAAGCCAAUCAUUUCCUCGACAUCAUCGCGGCAGAAUACGGAAAAGCGCACAGUACAGGACUGGUAUUUCUGCCCAACACGUUUCUACCAUCUCACAAUUUCUUGUGGCAAGCUUUCUGCCUUGGAAGACGAACCUUCACCGUCCCUGAACAAGCGGAUCGAUCAACUUGUUCCGACCAUUAAUCUCCCCAAGUACAUUCAAAAGCUGAAUGUGCCUCGCUUUGCUGCUUCCGACAUCACGGUUCUCGCCGAAGAUGAAGGACCUGCAGACCAGCCGAUCCGACCCACUCUCGUCGAAUUCCGUGGAAAGGAGUACUUUCUGAAAGCCGUCAACAAUGCCGAACCAGGUCCCACGAAACGGGAAAUCCAAGUGAUGAAGAAAAUCGAGCAGGAGGGCCUCGAACACGAGCUUCGUGUGCCUCUGUUACGAGGGUUGGUACACUUUGAUGGUGACGACACUGCGACGAGGAUGAUGGGCUUUCUGUUGGACGCCAUUUGCGAACCGACGCCCUUGACGACGAUGCUUGACUCCAGUGUUCCUGCCGAGAAGAGACGCAAGUGGGCCGAGGAAUCUGCUAGAAUGGUUGAUGUUCUCCACCAGCAUCAUAUCGUAUGGGGUGAUGCGAAAGGGGACAACUUUAUGGUUGAUAAGAAUGGGGAUCUGUUCAUUAUCGAUUUCGGAGGAUCUUACACCGAGGGCUGGGUUGAUCCCGAGCUGAUGGAGUCUGAGGAAGGCGAUAAUCAAGGUGUUCGACGGCUUGUCAAUGGCCUCGCCGAUCCCGAGCAUAAUACCAUUGCAUACGAAGAAGAUGUCGAUGGUGAUGAGAGUAAAGACGUUGAUGGUGAUGAGCGUGAAGACGUUGAUGUCGAUGAGAAUGAAGAAGUCGUUUCAUGCCAUGAAAAUGACCAUCCCGAGUCUCUGAAGAGAAAACAUCAGGACUCCUCAGAGGAAGAGCAGGUGGAUGCGCAUGCUCGAGUGGCGAAGCAGCAGAAGCAAUCUGAGGACAAUGUGCGAAUACCAUUUGAAACCGAGACGACGACAGUGGCUGCAGCGGCGAACGACGACGACGACGAGACUGAUGAAGUGGUGGAGCAAGAGGAGGCUGCAAAGUACUGCUAUUGCAACACUUCCGAAUCCGGUGGCCCCAUGAUCGCAUGUGACGGCGAGCAAUGCGAGCGCGAGUGGUUCCACUUCAAGUGCGUCGGCAUCGACGAAGCGCCAAAAGAGAAACAAUGGUAUUGUGAUGAUUGUCUUUGACUGCGGAAGAGUAGAAGUUGCUGCUCUUCAAUUGUAAUCGCUAAGCUACUAUUCUGUAUUGAUACCAGGUAGUUUGAUUAUUCUAUUAUAUAUUUAUAUAAAUUCCUCGAUAUAG